GUAUUGUUAUAAUCUAUUUAUUUUAUGUAUUUUGUUACUUUUACUAUGUUAAUUAGUUUUAUUGCCAAUAAUUAAUGAAUCAUUGUUAAAAAACAGAUACCUUGCAGCUGUUUUCCGAAGCCACAUUUUAGAUUAUAAGAACUGCAUUUGAGUCUGGCAUUGUUUUGGAUUCUGGCACUGUUAAAAUAGACAAUGGUUGUAGCAGAGCUAGUAGCAGUGCUGAUGAUGGCAGCAACGAGGAUGGGUCCAUCACGAGGGGACCAAUGUCCCUUAAUAAACUUCAUAUGUUGAGUUUUAUUAAUAUUUCCCUGGCUGGCGGGGUCAAAUCUCUCUGCCCCCAUGUUAUCAGUUACCUGGUACUGGUAGCAGCACAGUAGACAAGUGGUCAGCCAAAAUUGAUUCUAUUCAAAACGUGUUCCCUGUUUUCUUGUGUUCCCGGGCGUCCUUGAAUCCCCCACAUCAUUACUGUAUUAUUACACAUCUUCAUUUGGCUUUCGUUCAGCGAGCUUACCUGGCACAUGCUGACAGCUUAGUCAGCUUGUAGUGGUACUGUACCAGUGCUGCGAGAGAUCCUCUUCUCAUUAUUUUCAACUCGUCUUCCGAAAAGAACAAUGAGCUCCCAAUUCGCCAACGAUUGUGGUACUGGUACUGCUAAAGAUGCCAUUGACUAUAGUCAGAACUGGUCCAAGAAUAUCCAGUUUCAUGCCGAUACAGUCUUAUUUCCCACUUCGGUCGAAGAAGUGAUUCAGAUUGUCCAAAAUCCCCAGUACACCUCUAUCAAGGCCUUUGGAACCAGACACUGCUUCAAUGACAUUGCCGAUACUGCCAUUCCCCAAAAAGAAAAAGAAAGCACUUUAUCAUCAGUGGCAAAAAAAAGUGUCCACAUUGGAAUGGACAAAAUGACGCAAAUUCACAUUAUUCUGCCUCCAUCCUCGGAUGACCACGACGACACACAUCCAAACCAAAAAGCAUUGGUCCAAUUCCAAGCCGGUGUCACCUUCACGCAACUCAUGGCAGCCGUGGAAGAAGCGGGAUUUGCCCUCUUCAAUAUGCCAUCGCUGCCUCACAUUAGCGUCGUGGGGGGCAUUCUCACGGGGACCCAUGGAUCCGGCAUUGGGCACGGGAUUUUGGCCACCAAAGUUUUCGAAGUCCAAGUGGUGCAUGCCAAUGGCACGGUUGCCACCUACGACAACAACACGCCGCUUCUUCAUUUGGGAGCUUGGGGCGUGGUGGUGUCUGCCACAAUGGAAUUGGAACCAAGCUACCAUGUCGCCAAGGGAAUCUAUCUGGAUCUGCCGUACUCCGUCUUUCUGCAACAUAUUGACGAACUCUUAGGACCAUCUUCGAUACAAGCCAUGGGUGAAUUCACCAGUGUCUUUAUGGAUUGGAAAGAACCCUGCAUGAGUUCCAUUUGGGUGGGUAAAAAGUAUGAUCCAUCCACUACUACUCUGCUCAACAGACCCAAACUACCCGAGACUCUGUUUGGUGGUGCGGCCCGUCAAGUGACUCCCGGCACCCAAUUCCAUCCCGUACCGGGACAAGAUCCCGUGGCUUGCAUUGCGACGGGAUACGGGUCGUGGACGACCAAAGUCAAUCACUUUUUGCCCAAUCAUCCACCCUCUUCGGCCGGAAACGAAAUCCAAGCCGAAUUUUUUGUCCCCUAUCGGCAUUUCCAAGCGGCAUUGCAAGCACUGUGGGACCAUCGGCAUGUGUUUGCGCACUUGGUGCAAAUCACCGAAUUGCGGGCCAUGGCACAAGACAAUCUACCCCUCAGUCAAGCCAAACACGAAACCGUGGUGGGGAUUCAUUUUACACUCUUCAAGGUGAAUGCCAACGUGCUGAAUCCAAUACUGGCACAAGUGGAGGCCAUUUUAAUGCCGUUCGAGUACAAAGUGCAUUGGGGGAAAUGGUUCGUGGCACGGGGGAAGCAAUUGCAGCAACUCUACGACCAGGAAGAUGUGGAGGAACUCAGACGCCUCAUUCAAUUGCAUGAUCCUCAGGGUCGUUUUAGCAAUCGAUACAUUCAAACUUGCCUUUUGGAGGACGAAGGUCCGUCGCGAUCGUCGAGGCUGUGAUGAUCAUAUAAACAUCGCACAGCAUGCCGGUGACUAGCAAAAAGACCGGGAGCUUUCCCCCCCCAGUAGAGACAAGCCAAGCGAGAAAGCAUUGUGGUCGGUUGAGACCAAAUCAAAUUUUGGCAAACACAUGUCGUUGUCGGAUUGUGCUACAGUAUACAUCGACCUCCCAGCUAUGAUACAUGUACAACGAAGAAGAGCGGUGUCAGCUGACAGCCAUC